UUCCAGCUAGGGUCCCUCCCCAGGUGGAGGGCCCUGCUGGGCCGGGAAAACUACAAUUCCCGGCAUGCCUCACCUCGGGUGCGCCUGCAUAUGGAAGCAACCCUGCUGGCGAGCGGGUUGGUUUAAAGUGCUGUUUUAGUCCCAUGGAAACAAACCUGCUGGCCGCGAGACGGAGCUACAGGCUGGUGGAUGGAUUAGGGGUGAGGCUGCAGGGCCUGAUGCAUAUGGAAUCUACAGUGUGCAGACCAGUCCUGUCUCCAACUCAUAUCAACGCCACAGCGUCUGAAACAUUCACAAUACUUCAGCAGAAGAUGAGAAUUGUUGAGGAACAGACCAGUUCUCUGAGAGAUGACCUAAUAAUGCUGGGCUAUGGUGACAAACGAGGUCAAUUGGAAACUUCAGAUUAUUUAGAAGACCCUGCCAGCCAGAAACUCAUUAGUCCUAUCCCAAGUGAAGUAAUUUGUCCAGAAAAAACUGGUAUUUUAUGGAAGAACUGUGAGUUUCUGGUAAACCGAAUGUGCCAUUUGGAAAACCUCAUCCAGUCCUUGAAGUUGAGCAUCUGUCGUCUACAAACUGAACAGAAAUUGAAUCCACAGAAAACAGCUUUUCUGAAGGAUCAGCUGAAUACAAUACAGGAGGAACAUUCCACGGACCUGAAACUGUUGCACCUUGAAGUGAUGAAUUUGCGCCAGCAACUGAAGGAUGUCAAGGAGGAAGAAGACAAGGCACAAGAUGAAGUGCAGAGAUUGACUGCCACUCUGGAAAUUGCCUCUGAGACAAAGAAGAACGCAGCUGUUAUUGAGGAGGAGCUAAAGACCACAAAGCGUAAAAUGAACCUUAAAAUUCAAGAGCUAAGGAGACAACUGGCUCAGGAGAAGCACUUCAGGGAGUCUCUUGAGAAAUCUUCAUUGUCCAUGCUACUCAAAAUACAAGAAAUGGGCUCAACAGUGGAGGCAGAACGGAAGCAGGUGCACUCUUUGCAGCAGAACUGCACUGCCCUGCGCGGCUCUAUUCAAACCACCCAAGAACUGUUGGCACAGGAGCAGCAAAAGAAUGGAGAGUUGGAGAUGAUUACCUCACAGCUCAAGUCUGAUCUAAUUUCCAGAGAUAACCUCAUUUGCAAGUUGGCUGAAGAAAAUAAGAGUACACAAAUGUCUUUCAACAAGGAACAUGAAGAAAAUACGUAUUUGAAAUCUGAAAUGAUAUCCCUUCAAGAUGCAUCAGAAAAGGCAAAGGUUCUGAAUGACGAGCUCUCCAGGAAGUGUUCAGAGCUAACCAACAUGCUGAAGAUUGUUAAAAUGGAGAAUGCCAGGGUUAUUGCUGAACACCAUGCUAUUCUGCAGGUGGAGCAGAAAAUGAUAACAGAGACAUUUCAGGAGCAAAAUAUACUGUUAGACGCAGCCCAUGCCAGCAUCACCGGUGAACUGCAGACCAUUCAGAAUGAUAAAGCCCAACUCCAGACACACCUAGACCAUUUAAUCCUUGAGCACAGUCAGUGUCUCCAGAAAGCACAGGAUGCUGAAAAGAGGGCACUGGUGCAAAAAGAACUUCUGGAGUCAACUAUUGCACGACUACGAGAUGAACUGGAAGCAUCAGUGCAGGAGAAGACAUCUCUGCUAGAGGAGAGCGAGAGGUUUCGGCAGGAGGUUAGCAAAACAGAAAAAGAAGUAGCCAAAGAAAAAUGCAAUUUGGAAAAGGAAUUAGCUAAAAGCAAGGUAGACAUAAAUGUAUUGAAUCAAAACCUGCAGAGGCUCGUGGAAGAAAAUAAACACCUGACAGAUAAAGUGGCUUCCUUUGAACAUCACAGAGCCACUUCUGACUACCAUGGGGGUGGGUAUAAAAAGUUUGCUGAGCAGAAAGUGGAGAAAGCCUUGGAAAAAAUUACUGAGAGUAAAAAUAAACUGGCCUAUGAAAAGGGGAAACUUCAGAUAAAAGUUAAACAGCUAGAAGAACAGCUACAUUCAUUUACUGAAACCAAGUUGCAGAAUGACCAUCUGCAGAAACUGAACAAGACUUUAGAGGUCAAACAUGCUCAGGCAAACUCAGAACUGAGUGUCAACAAGGCAUAUCUGCAACAGACAGAAGCUCACCUGAAAGAGAUGAAAUCCCUUCUUGGGAAAAAUGAGGAAGAGCUGGUCCAAGCUGUGAAGUGUCGAGAUGCUGCCCUGAAAGAGAGCCAGAAACUGAGAGGGGACCUGGAAGCUUUGGAGGACAGGGAGAGCAAGAAGGUGGGAAACUUUCAGCGGCAAUUAGCAGAGGCUAAAGAAGACAAUUGCAAAGUCACAAUCAUGCUGGAAAAUGUGCUGGCUUCUCAUAGUAAGAUGCAGGGAGCUCUGGAGAAAGUCCAGAUAGAGCUCGGCCGGAGAGAUUCGGAGAUUGCAGGCCUCAAAAAGGAAAGGUCUCUAAAUCAACAAAGAGUACAGAAGCUGGAAGCAGAAGUGGACCAGUGGCAGGCCAGGAUGCUGAUUGUGGAGGCCCAGCACAGCAGUGAGAUUGAGCCACUCCAGAAGUCUCUAGAUGUAACUAGAGAGGACAACAGGAAACUGGCCUUGAGCCUAGAGCAAGCUCUCCAGACAAAUGGCCAUCUGCAGUCUAAGCUAGAUCACAUCCAAGAAAAACUGGAAAACAAAGAACUUGAGCGGCAGAACUUAGAAGCCUUCAAAGAGCGGAUGACUGAAGAGUCCAAAGUAGAAGCAGAAUUGCAUGCAGAGCGCAUUGAAGCUCUGAGAAAGCAGUUUCAGACUGAGAGAGAGAGCGAGAAAGCCGCACAGAGGGAAGUUUCUGAGCUGAAGAAGGCUCUUGAUGAAGCCAACUUCAGAUCUGUGGAAGUGUCCCGGACAAACCGAGAGCUACGGCAGAAACUUACAGAGCUGGAAAAAGUAGUGAACAGUAACAAGGAGAAACUAAAGAAUCAAAAGACCCAAAUAAAGCUGCACUUGUCGGCCAAGGCAAAUAAUGCGCAGAAUUUGGAGAGGAUGAAGCAAAUAGAAAUGGAAUUGAGGCAAAUGGAGAUAAUUAAGGAUCAGUAUCAGAAAAAGAACUACGAACAGUCAUUGAGUAUCCAGAGAUUUGUAUCUGAAAUGAAUACCCUGCAGAAAGAGAUGGAGCUGUUAGCCAAGAGCCAGUAUGAAACCUCCACACGGAAUAAACAGCAGGAGCUGAGACUAGCAGCCGAGCGGAAAAUGAGGCAGGAUCUAGAAAAUCGUUGUGAGGAAUUGGAAGAAACUGUCAGACACCUGAAGAAAUGUAAAGAAGCAACAGAGAAUAAACUAAAAGAAGCCAGUGUGGAGUCAGAACAGAUAACAGCUAAUCUGGAAGAAGCUCACCGCUGGUUUAAAUGCAGGUUUGAUGGCCUACAACUUGAGCUGACAAAAAACCGGCUGCAGAGGCUUCCCCGCGAAGACAGGUGGCCAGAAGAGGAUCAAGAUAGGAGGCAUGAUGUUGCAUCCAGCCAGUCUGUUCUACACCGAUGGGAGACUAAGCAAAACCUCGGGCUUAUGCCUAAGAAGUACCAUUCUGACACAGAGAGGAAGAAAUGUCCUUGACAAAGGAAUCCUUGUGAGAAGUUAUGCCUCCAUGAUUCUGCUGGCUAGAAAGCAGGGCUGGCCUGUUUCUACAUUGUAAGGACAUGCUGUGUGCUGAAGAUUUUGGAUUUUGUCCUUUAUGAACUCAUUUAAAUUACUGUAGAACAACCCCAUCUUUUUUGUCCUUUUCCCUAUUUUCCACACAAUAAAUUUAAAUUAGUUUGUUUUAUGAU